AGGAUGCAGAGAUUGUUAGAACCCGGGACCCGCAGCUUUUAUCGCAGUGUGAUGUAGUUGUCGAUGUGGGCGGCGAGUAUGACCCUUCCCGGAACCGCUACGACCACCAUCAAAGAUCUUUCUGUGAAACCAUGAACAGCCUAUAUCCUGACAAGCCGUGGGUUACCAAGCUGAGCAGCGCUGGCCUGGUAUAUGCCCACUUUGGCACACAGAUACUAGCCACGCUCCUGGGAACCGAUGAGGAGGACCCUAUUAUACCAGUCCUAUAUGACAAGAUGUAUGAGAACUUUGUUGAAGAAAUCGAUGCUAUAGACAAUGGAGUAUCCCAGUUUGAUGGGGAGCAGAGAUACAACAUUACCACCAACCUGAGCUCCCGAGUUGGACAUCUCAACCCACGCUGGAAUGAACCUGAUCAGGACACAGAAGCUGGAUUUAAGAAGGCGAUGGAACUGGCAGGGACAGAGUUUGUGUCACGCUUGGACUUUUACCACCGUUCUUGGCUGCCGGCUCGAUCUUUGGUGGAAGAAGCCAUCAGGCAGCAAUUCCAGGUUCAGUAG